AUGCAGUAUGUGCGCUCCAUCUCCGGCUCCCUCUCCUCCACCUGGAACUCCAUCAACCCAGCAACUCUAUCCGGUGCAAUCGACGUUAUUGUCGUCGAGCAGGAGGAUGGCUCUCUUGCCUGCUCACCGUUCCACAUUCGCUUCGGCAAGUUCAGUUUGCUGCGGCCCUACGAGAAGAAGGUCGAGUUCAAGGUUAAUGGCCGGAGAGUGGACUAUCCGAUGAAGCUUGGAGAAGGAGGAGAAGCGUUCUUCGUAUUCGAAACGCAAGGGAGUGUGCCAGAAGGCUUGCAGACUAGUCCGCUGGUCAGUCCAGCGACCAGCCCGGCGGUCAGUCCUGCGUUAAAAGGGAGGGAGGGCCAGGCGGGGGAGCAGGUUACUGUACCAAGUCUCCAGGAACCAGAGCCGUUCGAUCUAGAGAAGCCAGAAGCGCAAAGCGAUGAUGGACGGCUCUUACCAACGAGCAGCCUGGCAAGCGACCCGAUCAAGAGACCCAUACCGAUAGACUUCGCGCGCGCCAAGCCGUCACUCGUGCCGAAGCUUGAACGGACGGCUACGGACAGCCAGCUACCGUCAGCGAAGGCUGCAAUCUCAAGCUCUUUCGGCAGCAGUGAACCUCUCCCAACUUCGAGGCCGUCCUCACCGUUACGAACGCGCACCGACCUGUCGUCGACACCACCGCCUCACAGUACGGAAGAAGCACGAAUACGAGCGUUGAACUUGUCGAAGAAGCUGUGGACUUCCAACAUCAGCAACCAGGUGACGGAGUCCGGAGAUCUCAUGCUGGACAUGACAGGCUUCAAGAGCAGCGAUGGCGAAGCUCUACACGCUGAAGUCAUAGCUCGCCAGCUACUCUCUGAAGAGAUAGAUGGGCCAUACGAUAUCGGCGCGCUCAUUGGCGCUGACGAGAAAGGCAAUAUCUGGAUCUACAGUAGCGAGGAAGCGAAAGAAGCAGCCAAUAGGCACGCAACCGACGGUUUCGGCGCCUUCAAGACCAGUGCCUACACCUCUUCAGACGCCAUCUCCGACCCUGGCUAUCACAGCGACGAUGCACGCAGCGACUCGAACGUCAGUCUCAAUACACACAUUCGCCGUGACUCCGACAGUGCUGUCGGCAUGAACUCGCAGCCAUCCUCUCCCAGCACUGACGCUACUUCUACCUCUUCCAUGCCUACCGCUGGAGACCCGAACAAGAACUAUGCGAAGACUCUGCGUCUUACGUCGGAACAGCUCGAAGCCAUGGAUCUCCGCCCGGGCGCAAACAACAUGGCUUUCACCGUCAAUCGCGCCACAUGUCAGGCCACACUGUGGCGCUGGCAUCAUGCCACACCGAUCGUCAUCUCUGACAUUGACGGCACGAUAACCAAGUCCGACGUUCUGGGCCACGUCCUCAAUGCCGUGGGCCGCGACUGGACGCACCAGGGCGUUGCGAAGCUCUACACGGAGAUCGCCGCCAACGGAUACAAUUUCUUGUACUUGACCAGCCGAAGCGUAGGCCAAGCAGACACGACCCGAGCGUAUCUGGAUGGCGUCGUGCAAGAAGGCGGGUAUCGCUUGCCGAAAGGUCCCGUAAUCUUAAGUCCGGAUCGCACCAUUGCAGCAUUGAGACGUGAAAUCUACCUGCGAAAGCCGGAGAUCUUCAAGAUGGCAUGUCUACGAGACAUCAUGGCGCUGUUUACCGGACACGGCGCGGGCUCGCCUUUCUACGCCGGAUUCGGAAAUCGCUUGACGGAUGCGCUGAGCUACCGCAGUGUGAAUAUACCCAGCACGAGGAUCUUCACGAUCAACAGUAACUCGGAGGUAAGUCUUGACCUACUGAGCCUGAACAAGUAUAAGACGGCGUACGGCUCGAUGCGGGAGAUCGUGGACCACUACUUCCCGCCCGUCGGCCUGCUAGUGAAGGGCGGUGGGGAGGACUUCACCGACUUCAGCUACUGGCGGGAUCGACCGCUGGAUGUUGACGAGUUCACGGACAGCGAGAGUGAGGAUGAGAACCCUGCUGCCGCGAGCGUGGCGCAGAGGUUGCUGCAGCGCGUCGAGACGGCCGCGACGGAUGCGAAGGAGAGCGUGAUGAGUGAGGAUGAGGCGGUGGAUGGGAUGUUGGAGUCUUAUAUGUCUGAUCCGAGGCUGAGCUUGGAGGACAGUGUACCGGAGUAUGAGGCGGAGGAGGAGGAAGAAGAAGAAGAAGAAGAAGAGGAUGAGGACGCGCUUACUUCUUCCAUGCUUGAGCAGGAGGAGGAUGAAGAUGGGGAUGAUGAGCUGGAUGUUGAUGAGGAAGACAACGAUGAGUUGGCUCCUACGAUGUCGGAGGGUUUAGAGGGCGGGAAGGGACUUGCCAACAGCAGAUUCGAACGCACGCCGAGACAGGGAGGUACUGUUCGGUUGGGCUUGAGCGUUGCGGAUCAGGAAGAAGAAUUGGAUUGA